GAGAUAAGGUAAUCAAUCCGCCGAAUACACCAACAACUUAAGGUAAUCAUCAUCAGUGGUUAGUUUCAGGGUAGGGUUUUGAGAGCGAAGAAGAUGCCGUGCCUGACUCUGUCAACCAACGUCAACCUCGACGGACUUGACUCCUCCUCCAUCCUUUCCGACGCCACCUCCGCCGUCGCCAAAAUCAUCGGAAAACCCGAAGCGUAUGUGAUGAUUGUGUUGAAGGGUUCUAUACCAAUUUCUUUUGGUGGUAACGAACAGCCAGCAGCCUACGGGGAAUUAGUCUCAAUCGGGGGGCUUAAUGCUGAUGUAAACAAGAAGUUGAGUGCUGCCGUUGCAGAAAUUCUUGAGACCAAAUUGUCCGUCCCUAAGUCGCGUUUCUAUCUCAAAUUCUAUGACACCAAGGGUUCUUUCCUGGGGUGGAAUGGCUCCACUUUCUAAGCAUCUUUUCAAGUGAAGCUGCUGCAUUGGCAGGAAAUUCAUCCAUGACUUUAUUUGUGCCACUAGUUAAGUUGAAGUGUUAAAUACUAUUGUUGCCUACUGAGUUGGCUCACUGAGUCCACUCUGUACCGUAAACUGUUGAAAUCCCAAGUACCAAAUUAAUAAGAAUUAGUGCCUGCAGUAGUCAUGGUUAUCUAAAUCUUUAUUUUCUUCU